CCUUUCCCUCCUCCCACUCUACGGCCGUCCUCAUCCCAAUGCUCGCGUCUCUCAGAAAGGCUGGUUCUUUGGCUCGCGCCGCGUCUGCGGGUCAGAAGCGCUUUCUCUCUAUCCAUGAAUACCAAUCAGUGAACCUGCUUAACUCGUAUGGCAUUCCUACGCCGAAAAGCGUCGCUGCACACACUCCUGAAGAGGCUUUCGAGGUCGCGAAACAGUUUGGCUCUACUGGAAGCGUGAUCAAGGCUCAAGUUCUCGCGGGCGGCCGUGGAAAGGGCCACUUCGACAAUGGGCUGCAGGGCGGUGUGCAUGUCAUUGAGAGCCCGGAGCAGGCGAAGGACUACGCGAGCAAGAUGCUCGGCGCAAAACUCAUCACGAAGCAAACCGGUGCUGCGGGGCGCGUCUGCAACGCCGUCAUGCUGGCGGAGCGUCGGGAUCCCUCCCAUGAGUACUACGUUGCCGUCCUGAACGACCGCAACAUCGGUGGACCGGUGCUGGUCGCGUCUGCUCAGGGUGGUAUGAACAUCGAGGAGGUCGCCGCGAAGGACCCCAGUGCGAUCAUCACCACCCCCAUCGACUUCGAGAAGGGUCUCGACAAGGCUACCGCCGUCGCUCUUGCGAAGAAGUUGGGCUUCAAGACUGAGGGCGCCCAGGACGAGGCGGCGGAUAUCUUCAUCCGUCUGUACAAGAUUUUCAAGGACAAGGACGCGACCCAGAUCGAGAUCAACCCCCUUGGAGAGACCUCGGAUGGGCACGUUCUUUGCAUGGACGCGAAGUUCGGCUUUGACGACAACGCUUCCUUCCGUCAGAAGGACGUCUUCGCUCUUCGCGACGUCACUCAGGAAGAGCCUUCGGAGGUUGAGGCCCAGAAGUACGACCUGAACUUCAUCAAGCUUGACGGUAGCAUCGGCUGCCUGGUGAACGGUGCUGGUCUCGCUAUGGCCACCAUGGACGUCCUCGCGCUGCACGGCGGCAACCCCGCGAACUUCCUUGAUGUUGGAGGAGGUGCUACUCCCGAGACCGUCAAGAAGGCGUUUGAGAUCCUUAUUGCUGAUCCCAAGGUUAAGAGCAUCUUCAUCAACAUUUUCGGAGGUAUCAUGCGUUGCGACUACAUCGCUGAGGGUGUUAUCAACGCCGCGAAGGAACUUUCUCUUGAGGUUCCCCUGAUUGUCCGUCUCAAGGGCACUAAGGAGGCCGAGGCGAAGGCUAUGAUCCGCCAGUCGGGCCUCAAGAUCAUCCCCUUCGACGACCUCGACGAGGCCGCGAGCAAUGCUGUCAAGUUGGCUGUGUAGGGUUGAUAUCCAGUGAAUUGUAUACCUGGCUGCUUGUGUUCUUCUAGUCCCGGCCUUAGAGAUAUCUCGCAAUGAGCACGCUAGUAAUGUACGCCCCGAGUCUGGUAUUCGUUCCCAAUGGGUAUAAUUAGAUGAAGAUACCAAAAACAGCAAGCAGAACAAGUGUAAGAUACAGAUGCGACGGGCUAAGUACAAAAAGUUCACCACGGCGGACGCGCGUAGUUCGGAGGGAUCGGAGCGUAACCGUUCUGCGGAGGCUGGCGCAUGGGGGAAGGGUGCAUGUGGGUGCCGUUCGGGGGGUUCUGCUCGUACGGACUCCGCAUCGGGGGUCGGUUGGUCUGGUUCGGCAUCGGAUAGCCUUGCCCUACAGGCGCGGUGUGCACCAACACCGGGCUCCCGUACAUGGGCGACAUGGCCGGCUGCAUGACCGGGCUCAUCAUCAUGCUCGGAGGGCGACCCUGAACUCCGUUUUGUUGUUGUGGGUUUUGCAUGGGCACCGGGCCAGGGUACAUGGGCAUCGCGCCUGGCGACGGGUACGGCAUGAGCUGCGGAGCGUAGGGCGAUCGGACCAUCCCGGCCGACGGCGGCGGGGCGGGUCCCGCCAUCGUGGACAUCCAUACAGCCUGUCCGUACGCGGGCAUGCCGCCGUUGUGCGCCGCGACCAUGUGUCUCGGCACAGGGCUUGGCCCCGGGUACAUUACGGGUGGGCCGGGUGAAUGGCUGACCAUGGGGGAGUAACCCGGAUAUGCGGGUGGUCUGAGCGCGGGCUGGCCGAUGGGCGGGGGUGAGAAGGCGAACCCAGGAUGCCGAGCGGUUGACCCGUUCGUAGAGGUGCUGGCGGAAGAGGCGAUGGGGGUUGGUCGCUGUGAUGAGCUCGACGAUGGCGAAGGGACCUGUUGGAACGCGCGGGUGACCUCGUUCGCAGACAUUCUUGACCAAGGACCUGCCCCUGAUGGAGGGGGUGUCUCGCCGUCGUCGGAUUUGACGUCUUGCAACGUGAAAGGUACGGCAGUGAGAUCAUCCGCAAUGCCCUUCAACGAGUUGACAGGCUGGAUCUGCGACUUGUCCGGAGUUUGUGACCAGACGGCUUUGAGAUGCUCGGGGUCAGGAGCACGAGCGGGGGACUCCUUGGUUGAGAACGCCUUCGGUGACUUUGACCAUGACGACAAAGUAGGCUGCGGUUGUGGAGGAGGGGUCAUUGUCCCGUUCAUAGACACUCUCCUAGAUGACGCCUGCUGCUCUGGCUCUCGUUCCCUUGCGGGUAGAGCAGAGGGAACCGAUGUACUCGCAUCCGCCGGAAGAGAGGACUGCGCUUCCUUCGGUUGCCCUCUGGGCUCGCCUUCGAGUUCGUUCGAUACUAUGAACUGAAUAGGCGGUGCAGUCUCGACGGCGGUCUCCACGCGAGAAUUGCGGUAAAACGCAACGUCUGAGCCAAUUGGCAUCUUGGGCUCUGCUUUGGGUUUCGACGCGACGGCUGCCACUGCCGCAAUUUCGGACGCUUGUGGCAACGAGAGUCCAGCACUCCUUACU